GUCGCUUGGUAGACAUAUGAGCAAUACUCCGGCCCAUGUAUUCAUGUUGUUGCAUGGAUGUCGUUGGACGCUCGACACGUCGCAACAGCAAAGGACAACGGCACGCGCGCCUGUGAGCAUUCGAACUCUGACCAAUCACAUCCCACCAUUCGGACGCUUAUCUUCACAGCCUUACAUUCGACACUCAUGGGCUCACAUUGCGAGCAACUUCGGCGUCGGUCAAACCCACGCCCGUAAGGUAUAAAUAACCCCCCCGGACUCCUCCCUCCGAUUCUCUUCUCCAACCCCAACACCACUUAAACAUUUCAUCUGUCCUACCCAUCCUACCCAUCAACCCCAAAACCUUUCAACCUAACCUCAAACAAAAUGUCUGGACGUGGUAAAAGCGGCGGAAAAGGUCUCGGAAAGGGCGGUGCCAAACGUCACCGUAAGAUUCUUCGAGACAACAUCCAAGGUAUCACCAAGCCUGCCAUUCGAAGAUUGGCUCGUCGAGGUGGUGUCAAACGUAUCUCUGGCUUGAUCUACGAGGAGACCCGAGGUGUCCUGAAGAUUUUCCUCGAAAAUGUUAUCCGGGAUUCCGUCACUUACACUGAACACGCCAAGCGGAAAACAGUCACCUCUCUCGAUGUCGUCUACGCUCUCAAACGACAGGGCCGAACACUCUACGGCUUCGGUGCCUAAAAACCCUUUCUCGUUUCUUCUUGCCUCUUGCUCCUCUCUCAUCGUCUUAACACUUGUACAACUCUGUUUUGUUCUAGUAGAAACUUCUUCCCUUUUACUGGUGACAUCGUCUUCUAUUUUUUUUUAUUUGAACUUGUUGCCGCUAGAAUAGUAAACAUCCUUUCUUUUGCUUCUUGCAUUUCGCCUCCACCCCUUUUGAGAUCCUUGCGAGCAGCUCUCGUCAAUGUUCCCAAGCAUUGCGCAGCCAUUUCCCCCUUGCC